AUGGUGCAGGAAUUGGCUAUACUGCGCACCAGGGACCCCGAUUCGACCAUCACGGAAUUUGAUCGCUUCAGGACCGUGCAGGUGAUUAGUGAACCGAAGAAUAAUACAAGGCCCACGGUCCGUCUAUUCGAGAACGUGGAUCAUGGGAAGGAUGUCUUGGACGUUCCCCAUUUUACUAACCGGCUCACCAAGGCGACUGCAAAUAUUUGGGAUCUGUUUGGGAUAAACAGAUCAGUCAUGUUACAUUUGGCACAUCUGGUCAUCGUAUUAGAUCCCAUGACCGAGCCUAUUUUGUCCCUUAUACCACGGCUACCACAUAUGGGAGGAUUGGACGUUAGUGAAGUGCGGACGGAUAUAUCGCAGUUUGAUAGCAUCAUGAACAGGUACAAGCGCCAGGGAAAGCCGAUUCCCAAUACACCAAGCCUGUUAGAUGCAUGUCGUGAUUCUUAUCAGACUCUAACCGAUUCCAAGACAUAUCCCAACCUCGUUGGUACCUGGAAACGAUAUGUCGAUAUGGGGCCAAUGUACUAUCUAUGCCACGGCUGGAUGAAGGACGUGGUCCAUUUGAGACGUGCAGCGUGGCGAUUUAAGCUUGUCUCCAAUAAAUUUUGGACAGAGGGCCGUGUUAAGCGACCGGACACGACCUCCUAUAAUCACAAGUGUCGUGGCCUGAUACAUGUCCUGGCACCCGAUGACCUAGAUCGUUCUGAGCCCAUGGUUUAUUUCACUAAACUCAACAAAUUGGACUAUACCUGGUCUCACCGAUUUGCCGUGGAUGAGAAUUUCUUGCCGGAAAAUUCAAAUGCCAAAAAUUCCCUAGCAGAAAAGAGCUACUACGCCAGCUUGCCCAUUGUGGGAAUGACCUGCCCCGCACCCCGUAACGGCGACUACGCUGUUAUCCCCUGUGGCAAACGUAUCGUCCCACCCGACGGCAACGCGGCUAGAGGAUUUGAUGAUUUGAAACUAUAUAUCCAAAUAUAUAUGUAUCAUCUUAAGACUAAGACUUACCUGCGCCGAGUCCUAGACUUGGACUUGGGCAGCAUAUAUUACAUACUGCAGUGA